AUGGCUGAUGAACAAAUAAUGGGUGCUGAAGCUGAUGAUAUUCAAUUUAUACGCACGGAAGAUCAUAUAUGUUUAAGUUGUGUACCUGUAUCAACUAUUAAACGUAUGGCAUUAUCAGGUGAUGCAUUUGGAAAUCGAAUGUGUUAUCUUGAAGAUAUAUCAAAUGAGGUUUGUUGUCCUGAUGUAGCAUCAUGUGUAUUUGCACUUGAACAAGCUGUAUCAGUACGAGCUUUACAAGAAAUGGUUAACACAACUUCAACUGAACAAUCAUCAGCAAAUCAAGGCGGGCAAACAUUUCGAACAUUAUUAUAUGGUCAUGCAGUUCUUCUUCGACAUUAUCGUAGUCAAAUGUACUUGAGUUGCUUAUCAACUAGUACAUCCAAUGACAAACUUGCUUUUGAUGUCGGCUUAAAAGAAGAUGCACAAGGCGAAUCUUGUUGGUGGACCAUUCAUCCAGUAUCAAAACAACGAAGUGAAGGCGAAAAAGUGCGCUUUAAUGAUGACGUUAUAUUAGUUUCAGUUUUUUCCGAACGUUAUCUUCAUGCCUAUAUGUCAACAAAUGAACGUGGUCGAGUUAAUGCAUCAUUUCGUCAACAAAUGUGGAGUCUUGUACCAGUAUCUAGUGGUGUAGCACGUGUCAAAAAUCCAGGAUUUGUUCUUGGUGGUGAUGUUCUAAGAUUAAUGCAUGGUAAUAUGGAUCAUUGUAUUACAACACCACCACCAUCAGAAUCACAAGCGGCUGAUGAUUCUGGAAGUUUAUUUAUCAAAAGUGGUGCUGCUUGUCAACAAGCUCGAUCAUUAUGGCGUAUUGAAUGUUUUAAAAUCAAAUGGUACAGUGGUUUCGUUGGUUGGAGUUCAUUAGUUCGCCUUCGACAUAUUACAUCUGGUCUUUAUUUAGCUGUUAUCACUGAUGAAAAUGGUCCAAAAGUCACUCGUAUACCUAAGAAGAAUGCGAGUCCUAUGGCAAUAACAUUUGAAAUGAAAAUGUCAAAAGAAAAACAAGUCGAAGAAAAUCAAGAAGAAGAAGAUAAUUUAGGUUUACCAACAAUAAAAUAUGGUGAAACAAUUGUUUUCAUACGUCAUGUUGAUUCUGAUCUAUGGAUUAGUUAUGAAACACUUGAAUUAACUAUAAAAGGAAUUGGAAAAGUUGAAGAAAAACGAAUCGAACAAGGUUGGACAUAUGGUGAACAAAUUAAUGAUAAAUUUCGUCAACAUCCGAAUUUAAAACCAUACAAACUUCUUGAUCGAAUGGAUAUUGUUAAACUUGAAGAUCCUAUUCGUGAAGCAUUAAAAUCUAUUGAAAAGUUACAAUUUCAUUUAGAAAAAACUGAUACAGGUAUAACACGUAUAGCUACAAAACCAUUACAACGAAAAAAACAAAAAGAUAAAAGUGCUCCAGAUUAUACACCGAAAGCAUUGGAUUAUAAUAGUGUAACAAUGAAUCGAGAUAUGCAGGAAUUGUCUGAAGCUUUAGCUCGAAAUGCUCAUGAAAUUUGGGCAAAACAAUUAAAAGAUCGUCUUGCUGCAAUUGGUGGUGGUCUUCAUUCUCGACUUGUUCCAUUUGAAUUAUUAACUGAUAAAGAAAAACAAAAAGAUUUAAAAUUUUAUCAAGAUCUUGUUAAAUAUCUUCAUACAUUUGGUUAUCGUGUUGUCAAAACUAUUCAUGAAAUAAAUGCAACAAUAUCAAAUUUAACUCCACGUGUUGCUUCAAUGUCAACAUUAAUAAAUGAUAAACGUUUUGCAUAUAGUUUAUUAGAAAAAUUACUUGAAUAUGUUGAACGUGCAUCAAUAACAAUGCAAAAUUAUAAAGAAAGUUCAAAAUUUUCCUUNAUCAAUCAACAUCAAGAAAAAGUCCAUUAUCAAUAA